AUGCGGCGCGGCGGCGGGAACGGCAGCGAGGGCGAGCCCGAGUGGCCGUGGCCGUGGCCGCCCUGCGACGAGCGGCUGUGCCUGGCGCUGCCCAUGUGGGUGCUCGUUCCCAUCACGGCCGUCUGCCUGGGGCUCUUCGUGGUCGGCGUGGCGGGCAACGUCCUCACGGUGCUGGUCAUCCGCAGCUACCGCGACAUGAAGACCACCACCAACCUCUACCUGGGCAGCAUGGCCGUCUCGGACCUGCUCAUCCUCAUGGGGCUGCCCUUCGACCUCUACCGCCUGUGGCGCUCCCGACCCUGGAUCUUCGGGCAGCUGCUGUGCCGCCUCUCGCACUACCUGAGCGAGGGCUGCACCUACUGCACCAUCCUGCACAUCACCGCCCUCACCGUGGAGCGCUACCUCGCCAUCUGCUUCCCCCUCAAGGCCAAGGUGGUCGUCACCAAGCGCCGGGUGAAAGCCACCAUCGGCGUCCUUUGGGCCUUCGCCUUGCUCUCCGCAAGCCCCUUCUUCUUCCUGGUCGGCGUGGAGCAGCCCGACAACCACACUGACUUCAGCCGCGAGUGCAAGCCCACCCCGCAGGCGCUGCAGUCCGGCCUGCUGGCCACCAUGUUCUGGGUCACCACCUGCUACUUCGUGCUGCCCGUCACCUGCCUCAGCGUCCUCUACGGCUGCAUUGGCCGCGAGCUGUGGCGGAGCAACACCCGCCUGCGGGGCCCCAGCUCGCUGCUCCGGGAGAAGGGGCACCGCCAGACUGUCAGGAUCUUGGCUGUGGUGGUUCUGGCCUUUGUAAUUUGCUGGUUGCCUUUCCACAUUGGCAGGAUCAUAUUUAUAAACACCCGGGACAUGAGGACGAUGCUGUUCUCCCAGUACUUUAACAUAUUCGCCCUGCAGCUUUUCUACCUGAGCGCAUCCAUCAACCCUGUCCUCUACAACCUCGUUUCCAAGAAGUACAGGGCAGCAGCCUGCAGGCUGCUGCUGCCACGGCGAGCUGCACAAAGGGCUCUCACGGGAACAAAGGACGCUGGGGGCUACACAGAGACCAGCACAAGGCACGACUACACCACCAGCUUCUGAGGCUGCAGCCCGCGCUUCUUCAGGCAUUCUCGCCUAAGGAAGGGAACUUCCUUCUCUCGGGACAGUCGCAAAAGGAUGGACAUUUGUUAGGGCAUGUGGUGUUUCAUAACUGUCUUAUUGUGGGAUACCUGGAGUUUUGGUAACAGAGCCAGCAAGCACCACGAAGUACGGAGAAUGAAGGAGCACUUCUUGGGAGGUGUAAUGGGUAAAAUUCCCAGACAGCCUUCACCGUUUUAAAAUGGUUUUCUCAUAAACGAGAUUUUACAAAACACAGUCUCACAAGAAGAUGCACGCCAAAAAAAUCACCCACCAACCUUAACAGCCGUGGAAGAAGAGGCGUAUGCUUUUAGCACUUGGUCUUGUAAUCAU